UCUUCAUCAAAAGUGGCAAAAAUUUGAAGUUUUUUAAACCACUCGAGAUCCAUGGCCUCGUUUUAAUGGCCCCAAAGAGCAAUUUUUUUUUUUUCUUCAGGUUUUCUGUUCUUCAAUUAUAAUUUGGUAUCACCCUUUUUCUCUUUAGUUUUUAACCAGAGAAAAGAUAUAAUUUCUACAUUCUCUCUUUUACAUAACACUACAUUUCUUCUAUAUUUUCCUUUUUUUUUUUUUUCCAUAUACGUUCUCCAAAUAUUUGCAUGUAUGAAAAAACUCCAUAGCCUCACACCUGAAAAUCCCACUAAAUCAUAUCUCAGAUGAAGCCCAUUCUUGUUUUUAUUUUCCCUUUGAUGAUUUAAUUUUUCCCAACAAAACAAAUUUCCCCUUGCAUUUUCUUUGCUUAGUAGUCCACUAGUUUUGGUUUUUUGGGUUCGUUCUUCUUCCUUUUUCCCUUUUGCCUUUUCUCCUGAUUUCCCGACAUAAAAACAUGAGGUGGGAAAGGGUUGAGUUACUUUCAAGACAGGGCCAAGGUGGAGCUCUGGGGGAGAUUCCAGGGCCCGGUAAAAGAUGGGGACAUACUUGUAACGCCAUUAAAGAUGGAAGAUAUCUCUAUGUUUUUGGGGGCUAUGGUAAAGACAACUGCCAGACUAACCAAGUGCACGUCUUCGAUACUGCAAAACAAACAUGGAGUCAGCCCGUGAUAAAAGGAAGUCCACCUACUCCAAGGGACAGUCACACCUGUACUACAAUUGGUGACAACCUUUUUGUAUUUGGGGGUACUGAUGGAAUGAGCCCUCUUAAGGAUUUGUAUAUACUGGACACCUCUAUGCAUACGUGGAUUUGUCCAAGUUUAAGAGGUGACGGGCCAGAGGCACGAGAGGGUCAUAGUGCAACCCUUGUUGGCAAACGACUCUUCAUCUUUGGUGGUUGUGGCAAAUCUACCAGCAAUAAUGAUGAAGUGUACUAUAAUGAUCUCUACAUAUUGAAUACAGAGACAUUUGUUUGGAAACAAGCUACAACAAUGGGUACUCCGCCAUCUCCACGCGAUAGCCAUACUUGCUCAUCCUGGAAGAAUAAAGUUAUAGUCAUCGGUGGUGAAGAUGCGCAUGACUAUUAUUUGUCAGAUGUUCACAUCCUUGACACAGAUACUCUCGUGUGGACAGAGUUGAACACUUCAGGUCAAUUGUUACCACCUCGUGCUGGUCAUACGACCAUAGCUUUUGGAAGGAGCUUGUUUGUUUUCGGGGGAUUUACUGAUGCCCAAAAUCUAUACAAUGACCUUCAUAUGCUCGAUAUUGAAAAUGGUGUAUGGACCAAGAUCACCACUAUGGGCGAUGGACCUUCUGCUAGAUUUUCAGUUGCUGGGGACUGUUUAGAUCCCUACAAAGUUGGCACACUUGCUCUUUUAGGCGGUUGCAAUAAGGGUCUUGAGGCUCUUGACGACAUGUAUUACUUGUUCACAGGACUUGCGAAGGAGACUGAGAGAAAACUGGAGAAGUUGUCUUUGAGAAAGCAAUUGAAGCUGAAGUGUCAAGAACAGAACCUAAAUGCUAAUCAUGGAAGAGCUAUGGUACCAAUUGGAGUCAAUGCCGAUGUGUUCCAACCAAUCACUGUGCAAGGCUAUGGGGCUCCAUACAAACAAAAUUUUCCUUUGAAUCAAUCUCAUCAUCUUCAAGGAAAGAAAAGUUUUCAAGCCAAGGUUACAGAAAGCAUAGCAAAUGGAUACACAAUUGAAACUGUCAUUGAUGGGAAACCUUUGCGGGGAAUUAUACUUUCCAACAGACCAAACCCUACUCACUUUGCUCAUCAUAGUACUGUUAGGAAGAGGACUUUUGGAGAUAUUGACCCAUUAUCGAAUGGUGAUAUCAACAUCAAGUUGAAGACUCCUAGACGGACCAAACAAGAUGAAGUAGAUAAUAGACAAGAGCAUGGUAGCGGUAUAAAUGCUCCUACUACGCAUCAACAAGAAAUGGUUGUCGCUUCGACGACACUCAUAAAAGAUCCAGUAUCUUCGGAUGCUUCGCUACCAUCUAAGGUGAGUUCAAGUUCAGAAUUGCCUCCUUUGAGUCUAAAGGAUGUUUCAACUUCGACACAAGCUCCAAUGGAUAUUGACGUUGAAAUUUCUGGAGUUACAAAGACGAAUGUUGCCUUGGAUUCUACGACAGACAUUCAAAAUGAAAGUAUUCCGACCCCAGCUUCAAAAGAAACUAUUACCUUUUUUCCCGACCAAGAUAUCAAAAGACCUACGACAACCGAGGAGGCGAGUCAAGUAUCAAAAUAGUUGUGGAAAUGACAAAUGAACAACAUGCAAUUGUGAAGAUAGAUGCAGAAAUCCCUCAACCCGUUUGUACAUUCAUAGGAGAGCACAGAUGCACACUAGGAAAUUACUCUGAUCUUACCAUCUCUAACACAUCUAGAUCUGAUCCUGUUGAAUCCUUCCAUUGAUUUUGAUUCUUCGUAUUCGAGUUGUAUGUAGUACCCGUAUCACAAUUAGAGUUUAGACGUUAGGCUGUUCAUUUGAAUCAGCCACCCCACUUGUUUUUUUCUUUUUGGUUGCAGCUUCUUAUAGACUGCCAUUUUCGUUCGGGAAGGAAUCAACCAUUGUUUAGAAGCAAACAUUUUUUUCUUCUAAUUUUAUUGUCAUUAGCUGCUCUUA